GAAAAGGACUCAUAUAACUCGCCUAAUAAAAAAUACAAAAUGUCAAUAAACAGUUCAAAAACGCCAGUCACAAUUUUGCAAGAAUAUUGUGCAAAAACGAAUCCAAGAGAACCUCCCAUUUAUACUGAACUUUCGUUGAGACCGGAAGAAUAUGAAGAUCAACCAAAUUUAACAUUUUUCAUUAAAUGUAUUGCACUUGGACGUGAAGCUAUUGGAGGUGGAAUUAACAAAAAUAUGGCAAAACAUUCGGCAGCUGAAAAAUUGUUAAAUAACGAAUGUGUUGACGUUGAAUAUGAAUCAGUGAGCAUUCCGCCUUGUGUUGGAAGUAACAUUGUAACAGAUUUACACGACUACUGCGCCCAACGAAAUUAUCAUAAGCCAGAAUUUAGAUGUGUUUCAACUUAUGGAGCAUCACAUGCUCCAACAUUUAUUUUUGAAUGUAAAUUAAAUUCAAUUGUAAAACAAGCAGAGGCAAAAAGUAAGAAAAUGGCCAAACAAUUGUCAGCAAAGCUAGUCUUAGAUGAACUUUUAAAGUCUUAUCCUGACAUGGAAAAAAAAUUGACUGUUGUUAAUGAUUCCGACCAAGCUGAUAAGAACAUUCGACAAAAAGUGACAUCAUACCUACAAUUGAAGAAAGAAAACAAAGCAGAUAAAAUGGGGACUACAAUUAAAGAUCGCCACGCAUUCUUUCGGAACCUUCCAGAAAAGGAUUUCGUUGAUGCUUUAAUAAACAUUCUUUCAUCAGGCGAACUUAAUGAAAGUGAGAAAUAUGAUAAGCUCUUAGAAGAACUUAAAACAAUGUGGAAUUAUUCAAUCGAACCGUUCAUUGAUACAGAAUUCCUUCAAUUUGAAUUAGCCAUCGAUUAUGAGAAAUUCACUUGUGUUAUUAUUGGAAGUGAAGAAACAUUGCCGCAAGAAGUGCUUUCCUAUUUCAAGCAAAUGCUUAAUAUUCCUUAAACAUCAGAUUAAUGCCGAGAAUUAGGUAAAUGGGAAUUGAAUUAAACAAGUGAAUUUCUAUUUAAAUGAAUUAAACUCGGAUAACUUUUGUGAUAAAUUACAAAUCUUUGUGAAAAUGUUUGAAAUUGAAGACUAAUAAACAGAAUAAUAAAUUAAAUCUUAAGAAGGGAUUUUCUUCUUUGAUGUCAAUGAUAAUAAAGUUGCA